GGUUUAAUUUCACUUAAUAAUAAUAAUAAUACGUUCUAUUGGCGUUGUAUCUGUUGUACGCAGUCUUUGGGGAAGUCCGUACUACCUGCAAACUGCCCACAAAACAUUUCACAAUAUUUUAUUAUUGUCUGCGACUUUAACAAUCUGCGUAACAAAUAAUGUGUCCGAUAUCUUAUUUACCAAGUCAGACUGAAGAGGAAAAACAGCCUAACAUAGGGGCGGGACAACAUUCCUGUUGAGACCUAUCUGUAGCUUUUAGCUGUUUGAACGAUAAAUGGCGCUACCGUUUGGAUUCCGCCCCUAUGAUCCAGGAUGCAACGCACUGGUGUGAAGAUGGCGGCAGCUAGCAGUUUUACUGAAAUUAGCUGCUGGGACCGCGAUACGGUUACUAAGUGGCGGGAGUUUGUAAUCAACACUGGUGUUCCUCCUAUUCCAGGAGGAUUGAAGCAUCCAGAUGGAGCUGGGGGGUUCUUCUAUGAACAGAGCAGCCAACUUUUGUCAUGCACCCGAAACCGGAUCAUACACUGGACCACAUCAGGGGACACACUGCAGCUGCUUGAAGUAUCUCUGGAUGUUCAUCUCCUUUAUAAUGCCAUCCAACUGAAAGUUGUCAACUGUAACAUCCUGCCAGGAGGUGUAAGGAUUUAUGAGACACAAAAUAAUGUGAUUAUCCUUUUUGUAACUAAUCAGACGGUGCACAGGCUGGUGCUACCCCAUCCUUUCCGCAUGUAUAGAAGUGAUCUGAUAACUGAGAGUACAGUUCAGUCAAUUUUUACAGAUAUUGGAAAGUGGAACUUCAGAGAUCCAACUAACUGCUAUGUGAUUCAAGCAGUGCCUGGUCUUGCCCCAACAUCAACAGCCUCCGAAGCAUGGCUUGGCAGUGAUGGGGAGGCAAUCUUUGCUCUUCCAUCUGCUACAGGAGGGAUUUUCAUCAUUCAGAUGCCACCAUUUGAUGUUUAUGGUAUGUUUACCAUAUUUGAACUAAGGACAUCUGCUGUUAUGGAGAGACUACUGUCCACCUGGGUCCCAAGAGGCGACCAGGGACCUUCAGAUCUUCCCAUCAGCAUUGCUGUUCACUGCUUGGAAUAUGAUGCCUUUAUCUUUGCCCUCUGCCAGGACCACAGACUUCGAAUGUGGUCAUAUAAGGAUCAGAUCUGUUUGAUGACUGUUGACAUGCUGGAAUUCAUGCCUGUGAACAAGGAUCUGCGGAACACUGUUGCAGUAGGACACAAGCUAAGAUUGUCCUUCUCACCUUCCACUGGACUUUACCUUGGGAUAUACUUGCAUGCGACAAAACGAGGACAGUUCUGCAUUUUCCAGCUUGUGAGUGUAGAGAAGAACAGAUACAGCCUUGAUCGAAUUUCCACUCUUUUUUCAUCACAGGAGAGACUCAUUGACUUCAGGAUAACAUCAACAGAUAUCUGGGCAGUGUGGCAAGAUGAUGAAAGUCAAACCAUAAUAAAAUACAUCAAUUUUGAACACAGUAAUGCUGGCCGAUGGAACCAAGUGUUUGCCCAGCCAUUGCCUGAGGAGGAGGUGAAUGUUGGGGAUGAUCAGGAUCCUCGGGAAACUUACCUAGAACGGCUUUUCUCUCCUGGAAGAUUCACCAGUACUGCUUUUUUGAAAGCUUUAAAGAUCUUUCACAGAGGUGAUGAUCGAAUAUUGGAACCUUCCUGGGAUGCACUAAGGAAAGAAGUCAUUCGGGCUGUGGAAAGUGAGAUCCAAGGUAAUGUUACAGAAUACGAGUUCUCCCAAGAGGAAUUCAGGCAGUUGCAGGUUCAGUUCUGGUCGAAGUUCUAUGCAUGCUGUCUUCAGUACCAAGAGAGUUUGUCAUAUCCACUAGCAAUACUUGUGAAUCCUGAUAACAACAUGGUGUGUGUACUAAAAAAGGGAUUUCUCACUUUUCUUGUCCCUUGUGCCUUAGUGGAUCAUCUGUACUUGUCUUCUGAUGAGUACCUGUUGGUGGAAGAUGACAGUGUCAUAUCUGAAGACCCAGAUACUGCUCAGGAUAUUCUCUCCCUUGUACAGUGUCUUCGACUCAUUAAUGAAGCCAUUAGCAUGGAAAUGGCAUUCUUGAUGGAAAGUGCUCUUUGGCAGCUUCAGUCUCCUGAGAAGACCGCAGAAAAAAUACUCAACGAAUUGCUGGCUAAUGACACUGAAAAUGUCAUCGAGGACAUCCAGAACAAACUGCAGGAUGUGCGAAACCUGGUCAGUGCACUGAACAUCUUGUUGCGUGAAAUGUGUUAUGAAAUGGAGUUGGAGCGGAAUACAAAUCCAGAUCAACCUCUCAGUGUGCGGCUCAACCUGUCUCACAUGUAUGGUAGUGGGUUAGCUGUUUCUGCCGUCUGCCAGUCAGUGUACUGGAUUGCUGUGACAAGGUUCCAGAUGUGUCGAGACAUCCUUGUACUGGUGCAGUUUGUGCUAAGGCUGGGAGACCCUGCGUUUCCAGGAGGCAGUGAGCAAUUGUUUCAACUGCAGCAGGACACUGUGCAACAAGCAUCCCGUCUUCUGUGGUCCUACUACCUUGUACUUUGGACCAGUCAGUGUGAGACAUCAAAUGUUCCAGUCGAUACUCUAGAAUCCAACCUACAGCACUUAUCAGUUCUAGAACUUUCAGACUCUUCUGCCUUCAUUCCUCAGAAAACAACAUCUGGCCCACAGACAGUUGUAGAACUGUUUUUCCAGAAUGUUGCCCGAAAGCAGAUAAUUUCUCAGCUGUUCUCCCAGACCGGUGCCACACCUGAACAGAUGACACUUAACUUUCCUGAAGUGAUCACUGCAGUUAUCAGCUACCUUAUGCAACAUCUAUGGCCUACAGGUUCAAGCUUUCUUUUCCCAGAGAGCCUUAUGGGCUGCUGCCAAUAUUCACAACUUCAGGAGUACUUAAGGCUGCUCCAACCAUGGUGUGAUGUAAACAUGGGAUCGUGUUCCUUUAUGAUGGGUCAGUGUAAUCUUGUCAUGGGAGAAGGGCAUAAGGCGUUGGAGCGCUUUUGUGAAGUAGCUUCUGUAGUUGGAAAGGAGGAUUUUUUAGACAAACUUAUCCGAGGAGAAGAGGAUGAAGCAGCAUCUACCCCACGAAUGCAGUAUUAUAAUAAGGUGCUUCGCUUGCUGGAAGAUAUGGGCCUACCAGAGCUGGUAAUUCAGCUAGCAAGUAUAGCAAUAAGUGAAACUGCCAAUGAUGGAAAAAGCCAGGCUGCUCUGAGAACACGGAUUUUCAAGCAUCACCUUGAUCUGGGGCACAACAAUGAAGCAUAUGAGGCCUUAACUCAAAAUCCUGAUCCCAGCAGGCAGCUAGAUUGUCUGCGUCAGUUAGUUGUUGUUCUCUGUGAACGCUCCCAACUACAAGACCUUGUUGACUUUCCUUACGUAGGGUUGCAUGAUGAGGUUGUCGGAAUAAUUGAAUCUCGUGCUCGAGCUGUGGACUUGAUGACCCACAAUUAUUAUGAACUGCUCUAUGCUUUCCAUAUCAACCGACACAAUUACAGGAAAGCUGGCACAAUAAUGUUCGAGUAUGGCAUGCGCCUUGGGACAGAGGUACGGACUGUUCGGGGGCUUCAGAAGCAGGUCAACUGCUAUCUGGCAGCUAUUAAUUGCUUAAGACUGAUACGACCGGAAUAUGCUUGGAUUGUUAAACCAGCAUCUGGAGCUGGGUUUGAACGUCCUGGAGCCUCCCCAAAACGUACUCAUGAUGGAGAGUAUGCUACUGUUCCAGUGAAUCGGCAGGUAGAGAUACUGGAGCUGAAAGAUCUAGAGAAGGAAUACAUGCUUUGUCGCACUCGAAUGACACUUGCGCAACAUGACCCGUCAACUGCGGCCAUAGCAGGAACUGCAUCAGCUACUGAAAUGGUUUCACUUCUGGUACAGGCUGGACGUUUUGACUCUGCUUUGGGUCUAUGUCAGAUUUUCAAACUGCCACUUAAACCUGUCUUUGAAGGACUAGCUUACAAGUGUAUUGGUCUGCAGUUUGGAGGAGAGGCAGCAGAGACUAGUGCAUGGGACUGGUUAGCAUCAAAUCCACUCUCAUCUAUCAUUACCACAAAGGAAACCAGUGCAACAGAUGAAGCCUGGCGGUUACUAUCCUCCUACUUGGAUAAGUAUCCAUCCCAGAAUGCCCAGCACCACUGCUGUGUUAUUAAAAAGUUGCUAUCUCAUGGUGUGCCUUUACCCAACUGGCUUGUGAAUGACUACAAGCAGGUGAAUGCUGCUGGCUUACUCCGCCUGUACUUGAACUUUGAUCUUUUGGAGGAAGCUACUGAACUUGUGGUAGAGUAUGUGGAUGCACUGCUUGGAAAGGGACAUCAGUAUUUUGGCAUUGAGAAACCACUGUCCGCCGUUGCCUCAGUAGUAUGGUUACCGUAUACUGCCAUUGACCAGCUAUUGCAAGCACUUGGAGAGACUCCACCUAAUGGGCGUAGUGAUCAGCUGCGCCAGAAACUCUUGAACAAAUUAGAAGAUUAUCACAGCCAAGUGAGGCAAGCAACAGAAGAUUUCACAUACCACAGAAGACGCCUUUAAGUCAUCCAAGUCCAUUUUUAAGAAAGUUGUCCCUGUGCCUGGUUUCAGCUGUUGUACAAGCCAGCUGUUUUUU